CGGCGGAAAAUCACUGGAGGACUGAGGUUACAACGACCGACUGGAUCGGCAAACCAGAGUAUGUCUCCCGAGGCAGAAGGAAGCGAGCAAGCGCCUGUCCGCCGUCUGCAAGCAGAUGUUCGCGAGAAACCACAGAGACGCACCGCACGGGAUGAACCGGCAUUACGUCCUUCAACAUUGAGCAAGUUGGUAGUGGGUAUCUGGGAGCAAAUAUUCAGCAGCAUGAGUUUCGACAUCAGUGUUGUGACGAGUGAAUGGCGCACAGCCGGAUUUCAGGGUCGAUCACUUAUAACGGACAUGGCUCAAGACGGCCAGCCACCCAGUGCGGUACAAGUGCCGCCAGCAACAGCACCAGAAAGGACGUUCACCCGGAUGAACUUGUUGUGUCGAAAAAUCAGUCAAGCCAGUAGAUGCUCACGAGCACUCGAGGUUGUGGUUCAGGCUUCAUGGAUCGAGCAUUUUGACCGGCAGGUGCAAGAGAUUGGUAAGGAGAACCCCCAACUAUCGGCUACGAAAGCAAGGAUGAAAGCACUUGCGCAAGCGUGUUCUGAGAUUGGUUGGAGUGAGAAAGAAAUACGCAACAAGAUGGCGAUAUGGCGUGGCUACAAGGAAAUCAAAGACCAUGGAGGAUGGGCUUGUCUGGUCUUUGCAGGAAUGGGCAUCUACAGAUUUUGCAAAUAUCGCAUCGGCUUCGACCCAGAGUCUAUGGCACACCUCAGGCGGACACGCGCCAGAUUCGAGGUGGCUGCUGAUACACUGCACCCAUACUGGCGAGACUUGCUAGCAAUUGUCGGCGCCAACUCCUCCCGCGUCUACACCGGCCACCCCCACGACUGGGUCGUCUCAGACCACGAUGACCCAGUGCCUCUGAAACAAACUUACCUCCAAUACGACCCGCAGUUCUCCUUUACACAUCUCGACUCCUCCAUCGUCGACCCCUACGCCUUUGGCGCCAACGACCCGCGCCAAAUCGCCAUAAACUCUCAACAAGCAGCUCACAUCUGCACCGUAUGCGGCGAAAAGCAAUCAGAAGACGCCACAGAAAGCACCUGUCGCUGUUUCCCGAAUCUGUUCGGAAGCGACCAUUUACCCAUGUCACCUGUUCAGAUUUUCCGCACCAAGAACGGUCGCAACAAUGGUCUCAUGGCUUGCUGCCCCUUCGAACGCGGCGUCGCAAUUGGAGAAUUCACAGGCCUCAUUACCAAAGGACUCGAAGGCAUGGAUGUCAUGCAAGCUGAAGCCGAACAACGCUAUCAAAUCUAUCAAGGACGAGAAGGCAACUACACCCGAUUUGUGAACCACUCUUGCCGACCGAAUUCGCAAUUUCAGCGCUUUGUGUGGUUGGGCUGUCAACGCAUUAUUUUAGUGAGUAGGGGUAUUGAGGCCGGCCAGGAGAUCACGGUCGAUUACUCGGAUGCUUAUUGGAGGAAUUUGCCAAAAACUUGUUUGUGUCAGGAGAGUUGUUGUAGGUUCAAGGAC